AUGGCGCCGCCGCCGCGCGCGUCCGGCGACGGGUUCGCGCCGUCCGAGGCGGCGCUCGCCGCGGCCCUGGACGCCGCGGAGGAUAUCUGGUUUCACGACGAGCGCGCGGCGACGACCGACGACCGGCUGGGGGGAUGGCGACGCGCGGGCGCGGGCGCGGGCGCCGCGUCGCCGCCGCCGCGCGCGCGAAUUCGCGCGACGAACGGCGGCGAUUCGACCAACGCCGACACGCCGAAGAAGACGUCGCACCAUCCCUCCUCCUCCUCGUGGACGCCGUGGCGCGCGCUCUGCGACGUCGCCGAGGCGCCGUACUUUCGAUGGUACGCCGGCGCCAAGACGAACGCGUGCUUCAACGCGCUCGAUCGCCAUCUCGCGGACGGCCGCGGCGACGACGUCGCGCUCACCUGCGUCCCGGAGGACGGCGCCGGGGAGACGUACUCGGUCACGCGACGCGAGCUCCUCGGCGCGGUCGUGCGCGCGGCGAAGGCGCUGAAAGAGACGCACGGCCUGAAGGCGCGCGAUCGCGUCUUGUUCCACGCGCCCACCGACGCGACGCACGUCGUGUACAUGCUCGCGUGCGCGCGACUUGGCGUGACGUACUCCGCGACCGCGGUGGACUCGGUGACGGACGUGCUGAGCUCGAGGGCGGCGGACCUGACGCCGCGCGUCGCGAUCGCGCCGGACGCGCGCGCGACGCACGGCGGCGUCGCGGUGGAUUGCGCGGAAAAGUUGAGAGACGCGUUGGCGACGCAUUCGGCGGACGCGGCGGGCGGCGGGAGAUGCAAAGUCGUCACCGUCGCGCCGUGGCGUGCGAGCGCGCCGCACGUCGCGAGCUACCUCGCGAUGUCCGACGCGGACGCGCUGCGAGCGGCGUUUACGGCGUGCCCGUGCGUCCCGGUUGAGACGGACCACCCUCUGUUCGUGUCGUACACGUCGGGCUCGACGGGGAAGCCGAAGGGGGUGGUGCACGGGCACGGCGGGUACGUGGCCGGGGUGAAGCAGUCGAUGAAGGUCGUGUUCGAGACCACCGAGGGCGAGGGUUGCGACGGCGUCAGCGGUCGCGGCGGCGGGAUCCUCACCGUCGGCAGCGCCGGGUGGAUCACCGGGCAGUCGUACAUGGUGUGGGCGCCGCUGUGCGCGGGGGUUCGAAGCGUGAUGAUGCUCGGAUCGCCGGUGUAUCCGACGCCGCUGAGAACGGCGCAGACGGUGGCGAGGGAGAAGUGCACGCUGCUGAAGACGGGCAGCGCGGUGAUCCGACAGCUCAUGACGGACCCUGGAAACGCCGCGAAGCUCGACGCGAUCGACACGUCGUCGCUGCGGUACGCGACGUUCUGCGCGGAGCCCGUCAGCGUCGAGGUGCACGAGUACGCGCACCGGCACAUCACGAAGAAAUUUAUAAACUCGUACUGGGCGACGGAGCACGGCGGGAUGGUCUUCAGCCGGAACACAACCUCGGGCGGCGCUGAUAAACCAAUCGCGCCGGACGCGCGGACGUGGCCGCUGCCGUGGGUGAAAGUCGCUCUGGACGAGGAGACGUCCGACGUCGUGAUCGCUGGGCCGUACCCGUCGCUCGCGCUGACCGUCUUCGGCGACCCCGAGUCGGUGAACGACCCGAAGUGGCGCGGGGAUCUGGCGCGGUACCAAAAGACGUACUGGCCGAAAAACGGCGGCGGGUUCGUGCAGGGCGACAUCGCGCGCGUCGCCGGGAAGGACGGCGGGUUCACGUUCCACGGGAGGUCCGACGAGGUGAUCAACGUGAACGGGAACAGGGUCGGGACGGAACAGAUCGAACGGUGUCUCUGGGACGUGGAGACGACGGAGACGGGCUCGGGGGAGAGCGGCCAGGGCGGCGGCGCGGGCGCGGGAGGCGACGCCGACGCGACGACGUACCGCGUGAAGGACUGCUGCGUCGUCGGCGCGCCGGAUUUCGUGAAGGGCACGGCGCCGGUCGCGUUCGUCGUGUUCGAACGACGCGGCGGCGGCGGCAAAAAAUCCAAACGCGGCGGCGGCGCGGCGUCGAAAGCCGCCUCGCGCGGCCCCGACCUCGCCGCGUUCAAGCUCGCGGCGGCGACCGCGGUGACCGACCGCGUCGGCGCGUACGCCGCGCCAGACCACGUCUUCGCCGUGGACGCGCUGCCGAAGACGAUCACGAACAAGACGUCGAGGAAGACGCUGCAGCUGUUGCUCGCCGGCGAUGACGCGCCCGACGGGUCGCUCGCGAAGAAAGAGACGCUCCCUCCGAUCGCCGCGAUGGUCGCCGACUGGCGGCUCACCGGCGCGAGCACGUCGCACGCGAUAAACCUGCGGCGAUACUGGAACGCGUUCACGUUCUCGGACCACAACGUCCUCGGGAAGCCGAUCGUGCCCGGCGCCGGGUGGCUCUGCGUGCUCGCGAACGAGAUGAAGACGGAGAAGCUCGCGGACGUGUCGUUCAUGCGCGGCGUGCACGACGCGCGCGCGGACGUCCGCGUCGUGAAGCGGCGGCGGACGAUGCAGGCGACGGUCGGGGACGACGUCGUGUUGAAGGCGAGCGUCGUCGCGGGGGAGGCGACGCCGCGGGCGAUCGGACCGACGCUGUUCGCGCGGUCGGAGAACGCGCGGCCGGCGGCGGCGGCGGCGGCGGCGGACGAGGCCAUGGACACCGGCAGCGACGGCAGCGACCGGAGCGACGGCGAGAAAGAGUCGAGCGACGACGCGUCCGACCCCGACCCUGACCGCGACCGCGACCGCGACCGCGACGACCCGGUGAUCACGGAGGACGCGACGCACGCGCAGCACUACCGGCGAUGCGGCGCGUUGAAGCUCAACUACGGCGGCGCGUACAGGGCGGUGUCGAAAGUGGAGUGGAGCGGGCACGUGUUUCGAGCGGACGUGGACGGGACGCACCUCGCCGCGGUCCUGGACGCGGGUUUACAGGUGGCGUGCGCGGCGGUCAGAGGGAACACGUUCAUUCCCGUCGGCGUCGGGGAGUUUCACAUCACCGAGGGCGUGGACGCGUGGAAGCCCGGGGGUAAGUGCGUCGCGCACGGCGAAAUCACGGAGCAGCACAACGAGUUUCUCAUCGCGGAUCUGCGGUACGAACGUCUCGUCGUCGGCGCUUCCGCGGGCGGCGCGGGCGGCUCGAAGAAGCGCAAGAGCGCGUCCUCCGCCGCGUCGUCGUCGCCCGGGUACAAAACCUUCGCGGCGAUGUCGCGCGUGCGCUUCGCGCGCGUCGAGGGCACCAAGCCGCGGCUGCAACCGGCGGCGGCGCGGCACGCGCCGCCGCCGACGGGCGCGGCGCAGAUCCUCGACCCGAAGACCGCGCUCGAUCGCCUGCGGCACCUCACCCCGGAGCAGCGCGAAGACGCGAUCCGCGCGGUCGUUCGCGGCGUCGUCGUGGACCUCACCGACGUCGAGCCCGACUUCGACAAGACGGUGUUCGACAACGGCAUGCACUCGUUGAACGCCGUGGAGCUUUUGACGCGCGUGAACGACGCGCUCGGCACGGGGGUCACGUCCAAGCUCGUCGUCGUGGACGCGCCGAUGUCUCACUUCGUGACCGCGGUCGCGCAGCACGCGGCGGAGUACGAAGCCCCGAAAGAGGGCGAGGAGUCGCUGCCGUUCCCGAACGUGGAUUACGACAACCUGAAUGAGAUCGUCCGACGGCGGCUUGCGGGGAAAACCGUCGGGAAGACCCCGUACGUGUUUCUCGCGAAGUUCAUGGCGUACAACUGGUGGCGGAAGUCGUUCCAGUUCUUCCGCAUCGGCGGGCUGAACUUGUUCUUGAACCCUCCGAAGAAGAUCGACCUCGGGAUCGAAGUCCGCAUGGACCGCCGCGUCGAGUUCCGCGACCUCGACAUGAAUCAACACUACACCGUGGAGAUGAUCGUGGGACGCUCCGUGGACGGCGUCGAGCAGCUCAUGCUGAUGUCCGGGCUCACGCUCGUGGAGUUGUACUACAAGCGGAACUUAUUCGCGGCGAAGAUUCAGAGCACGUUCCACAAGGAGCUCGCGCACAACGACCGGUACACGAUCCACACGAAGAUCACCAGAGUCGCCGGGUCGCUCAUGGACAUUCGCGUCGCGUUUUUAGACGCCGACGAGACGCUCUGUUUCGAGAUCUUGUGGACGAUCCUCAUCGUGCUGGACAGCAACGAGCGGAUACUGUUGGACUGGGAGAACGUGGAUCUCAUGGAGGGACGGACGCUCACGGCGGGCCCGGGGAAGAACCGCGUGGAGGCGCCGGCGACGCCGAAGAGCCCCGGACCCGGCGGCGGGGGGUCUCUCCUGGGGUCGGCGCUUCCUCCCUUCCUGGGCGGGGAACGAUCGAAAACGAUCGCGGAGGCGGCGGGAACGACGAAGUCUUCGAAGAAGAAGACGAAGAAGAAGCGAUGA